AUGACCCAAUUGACCCCCAUAAAAGGCUUUGUCAAUACUCCGGUGUCCAAGUCAAUAUGCAUUGCUGUCACGUUGCUGUCUUUGGCGCUCUCGAUCUUUGAUCUCAAGCCCUACGUCAGGCUUGCCAUCGACCCCUUCAUCAUCGAAUACUCCCAAUACUGGCGAAUCAUAACCUACCAGUUCUCAGUGGUGAACGAGUCGGACUUCCUCUUGGUGAUGUUCUUGUGGUUUUACUUCAAGAAUCUCGAAAGGUUCUACGGCCCAAGAAAGUACUUGUCCACCAUCGUUGCAUUCGCCUUAUACAACUCGUUGGUGUGCUUCAUAUUCAUGACGUUUGGCCAGUUGAUGGUGUACUUUUCCACCUACCUCAUAAAGUCGGUGCUAUUCAGGUCCGUUGUGCCUGAUUUCUCCUACUUGACCAUCUUCAACGAGGUGAUUCCUGGCCCCGUCGGAAUACUAUCGUCCUUGUACGUGUGUUAUGGCACCUACAUCCCUACCUCGUACCUGUUUGCGAUACUCCUCCGGAAACCCACUGCUGAGGAAGCUGGCCAGCCUCGUGUAUGGCAGGACACUCUUCGUUCGUCCGAAUUGAAGCUCACCAACCACUUCCCCAUCCAUAUCUACUACACGUUGCUCUUGUUGAACAAUGGCUUCAAAUCGGUGAUUCCUGCGUUGCUGGGUUUGUUUAUUGGUAAGUUACAUACCUACGAGUUGUUGCCUGGUAGCAAGGCGUGGUUGAUCCCCAACUGGGUAUUCCAGGUGUUUAUCGCACCUCUCAAAGCAUCUAAGAAGGCCAUUGGGGCCGUGGGCAGUCGGUUCGGGAACCAGUACCGCCCAGUAGCAGAUGAUGUACCCGUAACAGGUGCAGAACCACAGGAAAAUGGCGAAGAAGAUGACGAAUUGUUGGAUGAAAGCACGGCGCAGGCAAGACAGAUCCGUGCCGAAACCCCGGUUAGGCCGUUGGGAAGGCAGUUUUUAGAUACAUUUAGGAGGACAUAG